AUGCUGCUGAUGCCGCUGUUGCUGCUACUGCUGCUGGGGUUCGGAGCUCCCGUAUGGGGGGCCGCUCGUGGCGUGGAGCCCUGCGGAGCCCGGUGUGACCCCCGCCCGCGCAGAGAUGCGGGAGGCCGAGGAGGAGUGUACGAGCACCUCGGAGGAGCACCGCGCAGGAGGAAGCUUUACUGCGCCACCAAGUUCCACCUGCAGAUCCAGGAGAGCGGGCGCAUCGACGGGUCCUUGCAGGAGCACAACCCCUACAGCAUCAUGGAGAUCACGGCGGUGGAGGUGGGUGUGGUCGCCAUUAAAGGCCUUACCUGCACCUACACCUACACCUGCACCUACACUGACACCUGCACCUACACCUACACCUGCACAUACACUGACACCUACAACUGCACCUACACCCACACCUGCACCUCCACUGACCCUUACUCAUACACCUACACCUGCACCUACACUGACAACUACACUGACACCUACACCUGCACCUACACUGACAACUACACCUACAACUACACUGACACCUACACCUGCACCUACACUGACACCUGCACCUACACUGAAACCUACACCUACAACUACACUGACACCUGUACCUACACUGACACCGACUCUGACACUUACACCUACACCUACACUGACACCUACGCCUACACAUACACUGACACCAACACCAACACCGACACUGACACCUACACUGACACUGACACCAACACCUACACACAGAAGGACACUGACACCUACACUGACACUUACACCAACACCUACACACAGAAGGACACUGACACCUACACUGACAUCUACACUGAUACCUACACCGACACCUACACCUACAUCGACCUCAGGGAAGACCUAUACCUGCCCCAACACUUACACAACAUGGAAACCUUUAACCCUGAGUGUGAGUUUGUGGAGCGCAUCCAUGAGCUCGGCUACAACACGUAUGCGUCUCGCCAUCACAGCACAGAGCAGCCGCAGCCCGCAGGCAGGAGGCGCAGCAGCACGGAGGAGGCGCAGCCCGCAGGCAGGAGGCGCGCCAGUGCCAAGCGCCAGUGGUUUGUGUCAAUCAACGGGAAAGGACGGCCGCGCAGAGGCUUCCGCACACGCAGUACCGACAAGGCCUCGCUUUUCCUGCCGCGGGUCCUGGGACACCGAGACCACGAGAUGGUGCGCAGGCUGCGGGAGAGCGCGCACCAGCACCAUCAGCGGGAGAGGAGGAGGCACCGCAGGCGAACACAGACAUCACAGACUCGGGAGUUCAGGCUGCAAGAGGUGUGGGAAGCAUCUGGGGUAGGAGAUGGAGGAGGAGAUGAGGAGGUGAGAGAGGAGGAGGUGAGAGAGGAGGAGAUGAGGAGUCCUGUCCCAGUCCUGUCCCAGUCCAGUCCUGUCCAGUGUGACAUCACAGGAGCCUGUAUAAAUAGCCUGAUGGCACAGAGCUCAGAGGGAGCAGUGCGUGAGUGCACGGGCAUGGUUACGCACAGACGCGUCUUUCUGCUCGUGUCGCUGUGUGGGACACACGGUGCCCAGGAGGGUGAGGGCAGGGCCGGGAUGGGGAGUGAGGCCCCUGGGGACCCAAGGAGCCUGAGGAGCCUGAAGAGCCUAAGGACCGUUCUGUUGCUGCUGCUGGUGCUCACGGGGCUCACUGGGCUGGCGGGGUGCGCUCCCGGGGCCAGAGCGGCGGAGCGCUGGGAGGCGCUGUACUCGCGCUCCUUGGCGCGGAUCCCCGGGGAGCGGCGCGAGGACAGCGGGCGGGAGCGCGGAUACCUGCAGGGCAUCCGGAGGCUGCGCAGGCUCUAUUGCAACGUGGGCAUAGGCUUCCACAUCCAGGUGCUGCCAGACGGACGCAUCACAGGCGUGCACACGGAGAACCGCUACAGUCUUCUUCAGAUCUCUCCGGUCGAGAGGGGAGUGGUCACUCUGCUGGGGCUCUCCUCUAGCUCCUCUGUAGCUCCUCUGAUAGCUCUCUUCUCUCCUCAGCUCUACUUCACCAGCGAGUGCACGUUCAGGGAGAAUCUUCUGGCGAAUAACUACAACGCAUAUGAGUCGCUGAAGUAUCCGCGAAUGUUCAUCGGCCUCAGCAAGAGCGGUCGCACCAAACGGGGGAGUCGUGUAUCCCCCGCUAUGACCCUCACCCACUUCCUCCCCCGGAUCUAG